AGGACGAAAGGCGCAGGCCCGGGAGAGGCUGUGGCCGGCGGAGACUGACCUGGAGGGGCAGGGGCAGGGGCAGGGGCGGGGGCGGCGUGGAGGAGGCGGAAGCCGGCGGUCAGCUCUGCUCCAGCUUGAUUGCCAUGUCCCGCCAGGCGAAGGACGACUUCCUCCGGCACUACAAGGUCUCCGAACCCCGGACCCACCCAAAGGGCUACACAGAGUACAAAGUGACGGCGCAGUUCAUCUCAAAGAGGGACCCGGAGGAUGUCAAAGAGGUGGUGGUCUGGAAGCGGUACAGUGACUUUCGAAAGCUGCAUGGAGACCUGGCCUAUACCCACCGCAACCUCUUCCGCCGCCUGGAGGAGUUCCCUGCCUUCCCCCGCGCCCAGGUGUUUGGCCGGUUUGAAGCCUCGGUGAUCGAGGAGCGGCGAAAGGGGGCCGAGGACUUGCUUCGCUUUACUGUGCACAUCCCCGCACUCAACAACAGCCCCCAACUCAAGGAGUUCUUCCGGGGUGGGGAGGUGACACGGCCCUCCGAGAUGUCCAGAGACGUGCAUAUCCUGCCACCCCCUCUGAUCCCCACACCGCCCCCUGAUGAACCCCGGGUGCAGCCUCAUGAGCCCUGGUUGCCCCAGCCGCUCCCCGCAGAGAGGAGGGGCCUCGAGGAGUUGGAGGUGCCAGUGGACCCCCUGCCAUCCAGCCCUGCCCAGGAGGCCCUGGAUCUCCUCUUUAACUGUGGGAGCACCGAGGAGGCGUCCAGUUCCCCUGGCCGAGGCCCCCUCACCGAGGCUGAGCUUGCCCUCUUUGACCCCUUCUCCAAGGAAGAAGGUGUAGGCCCCAGUCCUACCCACAUGGGUGAGCUGGCAGCAUUGGAGGCAGAAUCUGAAAGACUGGACCAGGAACCCUGGGAGCCGGGAGGGCAGGCGGAGGAAGAGGACGAGGAAGGAGGGCCCGCCCCUGCCUAUCUGAGCGAAGCCACAGAGCUCAUCACCCAGGCCCUACGGGAUGAGAAGGCAGGCGCCUACCCUGCAGCUUUGCAGGGCUACCGGGAUGGUGUGCACAUCCUGCUUCAGGGAGUUCCUGGUGACCCAUCACCUGCCCGCCGGGAGGGUGUGAAGAAGAAGGCGGCUGAGUACCUGAAGCGGGCAGAGGAAAUCCUGCACCUGCAUCUGUCCCAGCUCCCACCCUGAGACGGGAGAGGACCCUUUCCCAGGACUCUAGCUCCAGCACUGCCAGCCAUCCUCUUCUCCUCUCCCUGGUGCCUGGCCUGAUCUCCUGGUCUUGUAACUCCAGAGGCCAUUUCUGUGUGUAACUGGACCAAGAAUGAGACAAAUAAUGAAUUCUCAGCUCCCUGACCACACCUGCCACCUUGGUAUCAGGGACUCACACGUCUGAUCCUGCCUGUCUCUAUCUUGAUAUGUGAGCAGCAGCUCUGGUCCCUAGGCUCUUUGUUUAUCCAUCUAGAACCGGGGUCUGCAAACUACGCCCCACAGCCAAAUAUGGCCCACUGCCUUUUUUUUGUAAGGCCCACAAGCUAGAAGAGUUUUUACUUUUAAUAGUUGAAAAAAUUCAAAAGAAUAAUAUUCUGUGGCAGGUGAAAAUUACAUGAAAUGUAAGUAUCUAAAAAAAUAAAAGUUUAUUGGAACACAACCAG